AUGUUCAUCACAAUCAAGCUUCGAGGGCACAUUGAGGAGGGAUCGAUGCCUGGAGAGCAAUGGAACACUUACCUACGUGCCGCGUUCAUCCCUCCUCCCGAGAUCGUGUUGAAUGUACGGAUCGACAUCCCGCAAGCGACACCGGCGCGUUGCGGGGAGCAAUACCGGCUCCCUGGCAUGAACCUAGGCUUUGACUCGGGCACGGUGAAUUUCACGUUUAUAAGAUGCAUUCGCAUGCACUGGAACAAAUACGUUUGCGUUUGGUUUGAUGCGUUGAGGCGUUUGAUGCGUGUCAUGGGAAAAGGGUACACGUGGCAUGAUGGCGUGAGAUAUUACCUGGACAAAUCAAAUUUCUUCGUCGCUUGUUGUUUCCCGUUGUCCAUAACGCGUUCAGACAUUCGGAGUCAACUACUACAGCUUCUCUCUCACGAAACAGCAUAUAUCGAUAUUAUCACACACACCAUUGAGAAACGCGGUUGGUUUUCAGAAUCUGAACGUGUCUGGUUUGCAGCUUCAGAUUCCGCAAACCAGACGCAGAACUUAGACUAG